AAUAUGAAUUGGUAAUAGAUCUAUUAAGCUUAUUAAUAUUAUAUAUAAUAUAUUAUAAUAAGUAUUUGAUUGUUUGUACUCUUAUAAUAACUUUCGAUCUGAAUACACUAUACAAUAACAACUAACAGUUAAUACCCACGUUCAACGAAGAAAUUCCAGAGUAGCUUUAACCCCCAUAAUAAGGUUGGUCCUUUAUAGUUUCUUUUAAGUUUUUAUGAUGAUUAAAAUCCAAGAGGCAUCAUCUUUAAGCAUGGAAGAUAUUGAAUGUAUGUCUGAUGAUGAAGAUGACAAUUUGACAUACGAACAACAACGAGCAAAAAGAAUGAAAAAAAAUGAUGAAAUAUUAGAAAAUCUUGGUUUAACUCAGAUUGCAAAUACAAUAGCAACUAGCAUACAAAAAAGUAAAAUUGAAAAAAAAUCAUCUGUUAAGAAAUCUAUAAAUUUAAAACCUGAAAGACGUUCCCUGAGACUAGCUAAUUUGCCUGCACCUCAAGAUUAUCAUCUCCCUGGAGAAAAUGAAUUAAAAUCUAAUAAUUCUGAAAAAGAUGAUAAUAAUAAAUUUAAAGAUCAAAGUUCCAUAACAAUGCCAGAAGAAGACUCUGAUUUUGUUGAAAAAUUAAAUGAUGAGUUAGCCAUUAAAGAAGCUGUUAAUGAUUUUCAUAAAUUACCAAGCAAUAAAUUUGUUCAUGUGCUAAAAAGUCUUGAUAUGAAUACACCAUCAUUAAAAGUGUGUGAAAAACGAAUCUACUCUCUUGCUAUUCAUCCUUCAGAAACAUCGCUGAUAAUUGCAGCAGGAGACAUGAGAGGAAACUUGUCCUUGUAUAACAAUAGAAAUUCAGAAAUGCGCGAGUAUAGACUUCAUGAUUCUCCAAUUAAUUGUAUUUCAUUUUGUACUUGGGAUUCAUACAAGUUAUUUUCAACUAGUCAUGAUGGAUCGGUCAGGUGUGGUGACAUGGAUAAACGCACUUUUGAUAUUAUUUAUAAAAGAGAUUGGAAAGGUAAUAAACAAUCAAGAAUGAAUCAUGCUACAUGGCACACUGAAUUUGAAAGAAAUCUUCUCAUAGGGGGUGGUUCGGGUCAUGUAGAUGUCAUUGAUAUACGAACACCAGAUAAAAUUAUUAACACUGCAUGGUGCCAUGAAAGAUCUGUGCGUACUGUUCAAUGUCAUCCUUUGGAAAAACAUCAUUUUUUAACUUCAUCUGGAAUUGGAGAGGUUUCCUUAUGGGACAUAAGGAAUAUGACAGAUAAAUCAAUUAAUCCAGUCUUACAGUUUGAACAUCCUAAAUCACUGACUAGUGCAUUUUUUUCUGAUUCUGGUACUAAAAUGGUGUCUACAUGUAAUGAUGACAAAAUUAGAAUUUUUAAUACCAAUACAUUAAAUUCAAGUGCUACAAAACCCAUCAACAUAAUUCCACAUAAUAAUCAUACUGGGCGAUGGCUUUCAGUAUUUAAAGCUAAAUGGAAUCCUGGAAGAGAUAAUGAAUUCUUCGUUGGAUCAAUGAUAACUCCAAAAAGAAUACAAGUUUAUAAUUGUGCUGGACAUGUAUUGCACAAUCUAAUGUCUACAGAGAUGACCACAUAUUGCCCUGUCAUAGAAGUACAUCCCACUCAGGCUAUUUAUGUUGGAGGAAAUGGAUCUGGCCGCUUACAUAUAUUUAGCACCAAGGAACAACUAACAUAAAUGUUUCCUUUACUAAAUUAUUCAGUUAUAUUUUUUUUAUACAAAUUAUUAAGCAAAACAAUAUUAAUUUUCUUCAUAAGCAUAAAUCUUAUACACAAAUUUUUAGUUGAUUAAGACUUAAAUUAUAUUUCACCCUCUUAACUUAAAGAAAAAAAAGAAAAAGAAAUCUCAUAUAAAUCUAAUUGUUUUAUAAUGUACGAAAAAAAAAAAUCGAAGAAUAAAUCAUUAUUCUAACAGUCAAAAUUUAAUUUGUACUUUUACAUUGUUGAUAUUAGUGUACACGGCACAUUGUAUAUAAGUUUUAAACUUAGCACAUUAAAUUAAAAAUGUAUUAUUACCUACCUAAUAAGUACUACACAUAUUUUUUUUACUAAUAUGAUUAUAUUUUUACUUGUAUAAUAUGUAUUUUAUUGAUGUACCAUAGAUUAAUAUUAUUCAAAACUUGGUUUAGACAUUUUCUACACACUUGUAAUGUAGCAAAAUAUUAAAAUGUAUAAUACAUUAAAUAGAAAAAAAAAUUGUAUAAUUUUUAAAAUAUAUAAUUAUGUAUUUUAAAAACAUGUCCCAAUAUUACACAGUAUUAAACCAUAAAAAAAUAAAAAUACAAUUGAAACAUUGA